AAAAAACUGCAACAGAAAUAAGCACAUCAGCUUUGUGAGAUGACCGAACCGCCAAUAUCUCUCCACCAAAACCGGCAAACACUUCCUCCCUCUCCCCCAACCCCUUCCCAAAGUCGUGUGAACCAACGCCCUCCUUCCCUCUCGCAGAGCCAUAGCUGGGAAAGGAAACCAAGAGAACCCAGUUACAGGAAAGAGAGAUACAAACUUUGCCUUCCCCACGAAGUUUCCCCACUUCGCUUUCCUCCCCUUCAGCCCAUGCCCAUCAUUUCAAAACCCAUUAAACUCUACUUCCCCCCUGCCAUUUUCUUUUGCUGUUAUUUCCAAGCUUCUUUCUUCCCUUCCCUUCUUUUCUUGACGUCUCUCCGUUUUUGAAUUUUGGGGGUGUAGUGUAGUGUGGGUAGUUAGUUUUGCUUCUAAUGGAGAGGCUGGUGGAGGGAAUGAAGGCUGUGGAGAGGAAGCAAGGGAGCUUGAAGAUGCUUGCUCAAGAGCUUCACUCACAGGCCAACUCGAUUCUGCGUUUCACCCUUGAAUGGAAGGAACUGGAGUCGCAUUUCGAGUCUAUGAAGGAAGGGUUGACGGAGCGCGGGAGGGAGCUUGCGUUGCAAGAAAAGGAAGUGGGUGAAGCGUGGGGGAGGGUUAGGGUUAAGGAGGUUGAGGUUGAGGGUUUUUUCAGGGAGUUGAGGGAGAAGGAAGGGGAAUUGUGUUUGAUUCAAGGGAAAGUUCUGGAGCGUGAAUCCGAGCUUGAAAGGAAGGUGGGGGAGUUAGGGUUUGUUAAGCACAAGGUUGAAGAGUGUACGGAGGAGCUUCGGGUGAAAGAGAGGGGAUUGGAGCUUGCGGAGAGGAGAUUGAAUGACCUACGCGUGGAGGUGGCUGGGAAAGAGGUCGAAUUGGGUUUGCUGAGAAGGGCUGUUGAGGAACAGAGAAAUGAGCUUACGAGUAAAACCAAGGAAGUGGAUGAUUUGGCGAACCUGAUUUCAGACUCCAGCUCUCGGCUUGAGUUGAAAGAGAAGGAGUUAAAUGAGGUGCAAGAGUCGAUCGAAAGAUGUAAUGAUGAAUGCAGGUGGAAGGAAAUCCAGUUGGGCGACUUGGAGAAGAGGAGCAAGGAUUGUUGUGCGGGGCUUGAUUCUAAGAGGAAUCAAUUGGAUUUGAUGAAUGAGGAGCUUGCGAAAACCAGGAACUUGGUUGAGGAGCAACAGCGGGAGCUUCAUUCCAAUGAGGGUCACCUUGGUUCGAUCAAAGAGAUGAUUGAGGAAUUCGGGGAAGAACUCGAGAAGAAGGAAGCAGAGUACGUUGAGGUUCUCAAGUCCGUCAAGGACAAAGAAAAGCAACUACAGUCGCUUGAUACAUCAAUCGAAUCGUCUGUAAAGAAUCUUGAACUGAAAGAGGCUCAAUUAAGUGCUCUUAAAGCUGACAUUGAUGUCGGAAACAAAGAGCUUAGCAAGAUGGACAAGAUCCUGGAAGUUGCUCAAUCUCAGAUGAACAGGCAUAGCAAGGAGCUUCAAGCUGUAAAGGAGCAGAAACUGUCUAUGCAGUCAUUGGCUGAAGAUUUUGCUCGCUUUCUCGAAUCUAAAGAUAAGAGUCUUGGCGUGGUUGGGAAAUAUCUGAAAGGAUGCCUUGUGAAGCUUGAAUCGAAAGUGACACAACUGAAUUCAAUCCAGAGUAAAUUGUUCAUCUGCCACAGAAGACUCACAGCCAAAGGACAAAGUGUUGAUUCCAUGAAGGGGACAUUAGAAAAAAGUGUAAAAGAACUUGAGAAACAAGUUGAGCAGUUUAGGCUGAGGGAGGAGGAGUUGGAGUCGAAACAAAAACUGCUUGAAGAGCGAUGUGCUGAAGUAGAAGCGAGAGAUAAGCAAUUAAAUAGUGUUGCUGAUUUGCUGAGAGGCAAGGAGCAGCUGCAAAGUACCACAGUGAGUAUAGUGAGUUGUGUCCAAGGAAAUGGUAGAAAUCUGCAGCUUCUUUUGAACGAGCAUUUCAAGAAGCUUGAUUCACUUCAUAGUGAACUUUGGACCGCCUUGCAGAAGUCACCUGAUCCAGCAAAGCUGGUGCUAGAAGGGAUUAUGGGGUUUUAUUCCGUAGAAGGCAGUGGAGAGUAUGAGUUGGCUGUUACUAGGAAGAGCUGCAUUACUUUGCUGGAGUUUUUGUCUAGAAUCUCCCCUACGGUUAAGCCUGAAGUGUUGAAAGAAUCAAUGGAACUAGCUAGAGAUUGGAAAUCAAAAUUGGGGAUAGCUCCUGGUAACUCUUUGGAGGUGUUGGGUUUGGUGAAACUUAUAUCUGCAUUUGGAUUGCCUCUUGGUUACAAAUCCGGUAUUUUUACAGCUGUUUACCCAAAUAGGAAUGUCGAAGCCAAAGAAGCAUGGCAAGCGCUCGAACUUGCAGAAAACUUAGCUGGUUCCUUUAUUCUUUCUCCUGUCCAUCCUACAUCUGAUGGGCUCAUGUGUUUUAGCACUCUCCAUGAGGCCAGUAGUCCACAGCUGCUCCCAGAUGAGCCAUUACCAAGUGGAUUAUCUGAGAAUGAAGUUACUAAUGCCCUUAGAAACUCACCAGACCCGGCAAAGAUGAUCUUUAAUCUGAUAGAAGAUUCGCUUGUGCACCAAGAGAGCAAAGCCAUUAUAACAUGUAAUGAAAGUGUCCUGAGGUAUCAGGUUCUUCUUUUACAACAAUUGUCGAGUGUGUCGCCGGUGGUGACUCCUCAUGGGCACGAAGCAGCAAGAAGGCUGGCGGUUGCUUGGAGAGGAAGUUUGAGGCUGGAGGCCAUGGAUAUAUUGGCGUUUCUUUUGUUUCUGGCUGCAUAUGGGCUUGCCACUCAUUUUGAAGAAGAUGAUGUUCUGAAACUUGCUGGGAGGAUUACUCACUAUAAAAAGUCUCCUGAUUUAUGGCGUGCUCUUGGCUUGACGAUGAAGGUACCUGGGCUGAUUCAAAGUCUCGUAAAGAAGGAUAUGUACGUUGAGGCUGCUAGAUUCAGCUGUGCAUUUGGCCUAGUCAACGCUUACUCACCUGACCUGUUGCUCUUGAAGUUAUUGGAGAAGAGAAAGCUCUUGGAGCAUGGGAAGCUCUUACUUGAGUCCCAAUGUGAAGCCUUCGACAAGCACAUGGACUACUUAAAACAACUGCUCGAACGCGUGCUAGAGCUGAACUUUGAUCCCACCCUAUUCAGCUCAAAACUGAUCUCACAUUUCCAGGACAUGGCAAUGCUGUUAGAACGGAAGAGAAGUAGCUUGCUAGGUGUCUUUGCUCGACUCUCUCAGCCACAACCACCCCGAUUGCAAGGUGGAUCAAUGGAGCAUGGAGCCAUUGCAGUGCCUAACGACAUUCCUAGCUACAUGUCUAACACGAAUGACCAAGUUACGCAGCAAUGGCAGCAGCCGCAGCAUGUAUACUGGAGUCAUGAAGCACAGAGAAACAAGCGUCCAAGGGCUGGUAUGCAGUAAGAAAAAAGAUUGGGACAGCUUAUUUAGUGGUCAAACAGAGUGAGGCAUUUUGUGAUUCAAUAUGAAGCCUCUAAUUAGUAGCAAAGAUUUAUGUUGUUUUUGUGUAUAUAUAUGAUGAUUAUCCAGUCCUUAGUAAGUUUCUUGGUAAACAGGCUGUAAAUAGUACUCUAGAACCACUAAUGUUGAAGGAUCUGCGUAUCAUUGUUGUAAUUUACGGACAAUUGGGGUGUGUAUUAGUUGUCGAUGAAUUUUACAAUGUUAUAAAGC